CCACUUCUACUGAAACAUGCCCUCAAUAAGUUCCCCUCAAACUUUUAGUGUUUUGUUUUGUCUGUGACCUUGAUUAUGGUUGCUUGAUGAACAUGGGUGAGGGUUAUUUUCUGAGGCAUGGGCAGUCUAUCAGUGGCUAUGUCUCUGAUGACAAUGACUCUUUCUCCCCCAGGAAGCCAUUAAUUAAUUCCUAAUAGCUCGUCUAGAAGGGUGGAGCCUAACUAUGGAGUGUUGAGAGACCCCGUUCCCUGCAUGAUGUGCAGGGAGUACACUGCUGUGAGUUCGUGAGCUCAACAGCUUUAUAGUGUCCAGAGACAGUAUUCACAGCAUUACUUCCCACCCUCCAGAGCUUGCAUUCUUUCUGUCCUUUUGAGAUGGUCUCCAAGCCUUGCAUGGGUGACACAGAGACACUGUUUAGGGGUGAGCAUUCACUUAUUCUCAGCUCUCAGAGCACUUGAGUGUCUGUAUUAAACAUCACACAUGGCAAAAAUCGGCGAGUAUAAACAUAAAUGUUUAUAAGACAGCUUGACAUUAUGUCCUUGUAGUAAAGCAACAGAACAGUUCUCCCUCAGGACCUGUGACCUUCCCAUCCAUGGGCUUGUGAGCAAGUUUGCACCAUCACACAUUGAGUCCCUUCCUGGAGAGGACUGGUGCAAUCAGAAAGUUGUUUGUUACAACCCUAACUUCCACUCCACUAUUAGACCAAUGGGCACAUCUUGACUGGCAGGUUGAUAUUGUAGAUUACAGGGUUCACAACUCUCUAGGACACUUGACUCUCAGCUGCAAGGUUCUGUCUUGAUUUUUCUGGGUUUGUGUGUUGUCGUCAGCAUUAGAGCCCUACCGUUUAAUUCUAAUGAUCAACCAGAAGCAGGCCUGGGGCCAGCUAGAAACCUAGGAAGUAGGUGCUAGAUAUGCCUAAGGUUGUGGAAACUGACAGUUCAGGAGUGCUGGCAGGCAGGGCGGAAGUUCUUUACUCGCCAUCUUUCUUCCUGGCGCGGCCAUACUAGUGCAGAGACCCUGUCAGCUGAGGAAGUCUCGAGGGUUCCGCCUCGGUAUCCGGGAGAGCUCGGAGCCCAGGAGCGGAGGUGAGGCCGCCGGAGGCCCGGGCGGAGACAUGGACUGUCUAACUUUUGAUGAUGUGGCUGUGAACUUUACCUUGGAGGAGUGGGAUUUGUUGGAUUCUUCCCAGAAGCAACUCUACAUAGAUGUGAUGCAGGAAACCUUCAAAAAUCUUGUUGCUAUAGGACUAACUGAGGAAGGCCAGAGGAUUGAAGAUGAUGAUCAUUCUAGGAGAAAUCUAAGAAAUCGAGUGGUAGAAAUAUUGUUUGAACCUAGUGAAGGUAGACAAUGUGAAGAAAUCUUCAGUGAGUUUCCAGAUACUGUUGUGAACAAGAAAAUCCCUCACCGAGUAAAACUGUGUGAAAGUAAUCUAUGUGAAGAUAUACUUGUUGGUCUCCCACCCCUAAAUAUGCAUAACUCUGUUCAAACAGGACAUAAACCAUAUGAGUAUGAGAUAUAUGGAGAUGGUCUCUAUAAAUUUAAGGAAUGUAGGAAAGCCUUCAUGUAUCCUGAAUGCUUUCUGAAGCAUAAAAAUAAUCACACUGUAGAGAAGCCAUAUAAAUGUCAGCAGUGUGGAAAAGCCUUUUCUUCUUCGAGUAAGGUUCGAAGACAUGAAAGAACGCACACUGGUGAGAAACCCUACAUAUGUAACCAUUGUGGGAAAGCCUUCCCUAGUCGUGGCUCCCUUCGACGCCAUGACAGGAUUCACAGUGGAGAGAAACCUUUUGUUUGUAAGUAUUGUGGGAAAGCGUUCACUGGUCAGAGUUCCCUUCCACGACAUGAAAGAAUUCACAGUGGAGAAAAACCCUAUGUAUGCAAGUACUGUGGGAAAUGUUUCAUUUCUUCAAGUACCUGUCGAGUACAUGAACGGACUCACACUGGAGAAAAACUCUAUGUUUGUAACUUGUGUAAUAAAGCUGUCACUACUCGUACUUCUCUUCGAAAUCAUGAAAGAAUCCACAGUGGUGAGAAACCCUAUGUCUGUGAACAGUGUGGAAAAGGUUUCAUCUCUUCUGGUACCUUUCGAAUACAUGAACGAAUUCACACUGGAGAGAAGCCCUAUAAAUGUAAGGAAUGUGGUAAAGCCUUCACUAUACAGAGUUCUCUUCAACGCCAUGAAAGGAUUCACACUAGGGAAAAGCCCUAUGAUUGUAAGGAAUGUGGGAAAGCUUUCAGUGGUUACAGUUCUCUCAGACGCCAUGAAAGGAUUCACAGUGGAGAAAGACCCUAUGCAUGCAAGCAGUGUGGGAAAGCCUUCCCUGCUUUGGGUGACUGUCAAAGACAUGAGCAAAUUCACACUGGCGAGAAACCCUACGUAUGUAAGCAGUGUGGGAAAGCCUUCACUCGCUGUGGUUCCCUUAGAAUACACGAAAAGACCCACACUAGAGAGAUUUCCUAAGCAUAAAAUGUGGAAAGGCCUCCUUACUGUAUGUCCCUUCUAUAAAUAGAACAUGACAAUGUUUAGGGAAGAAAACAAGUAUUAAUAUGAAGUUGUGAGGGCUGCCACUAGUCAUUGUUAAAUUAACAAAGAUAAAAGAACAAACUAAGAAUGCACCCAAUAACAAAACUUGUACAGAAGCAUCAGAAAGUUGUUGAUGGUAAGAAAUAAUUUGAAAAUUCUGUGAAAAUUCUUCAGGUAGUGACAUACUACAAAUGUGCAUUAUGAAAGGUUCAAUUCAAAGUAAUUUAUGUAGAAUGCUCCAAAAUUACAUAGCCUGGAGGAAAUGUGCUAAACUCUUGUAAGUAAAUGGUGGCAUGGCAUUCUGUGAAGUUUGCUUAGACAAUGGGGCAAGGGUUAAUAGGUAGUAUUUUUUUUUACAAUGUUCCCUACCAUUCUGAAGAAUUUUAGUUGACUGGUGGAAUAGCCUUUUGAGAUGAGUUGGCAGUAGCUUGCAGUACUAGGGCAAGGUUCUUCAGAAGGAUGGAUUUGCUCUGAAUUUGGCAUCUAAUGUGAUAAUGUUUCUCUCAUGGGUCUAGGAGUGGGGGGGGGGUCAUCCCUUGGAACUCACUAGCAAAAUUUUUGCUUCCUGUUCUGUUGAUCUUAUGGUUUAACAAAGGGAUAUCCUUCCACUAGGAAGAGCAACCUUUCUUUUGAAUUGCAAGACACCCACAUGCACCCAACCCACCCCCAUUUACUAUAGGUUCCUUGUGCCCUUGAGUUAUCUAAAACCAGUCACUAUUACUAGGAGUGACAGUCAAUACUACCAGGGAGUAAUGAAAUUACAUUUCAGCAAUGGAGAUGUGCUAAUUCUACUUGACACAGUUUUCUGAAAGAGAGAACAUCAAUUGAGGAAUUGCCUCUAUUAGAUUGAUGUGUAGACACGUCUGGGGGGGAUUUCUUGAUUAAUUAUGGAUGUAACUGUGGGUGGUGCCACUGCUAGGUAGUGAUCCUAUGUUUUAUAGGAAAGCAGGCUGAGCAAGCCAUAAGGAGCAAGCUGAUAGUUAGCCUUCCUUCAUGGUUGUUACUUCAGAUCCUACUUCCAAGUUCUGCCUUGAGAUAUACCCUGGCUUUCCGAUGCUGGACUAUAAAGUAAUCCAAAACAAACCCUUUCCUCCUCAGUUGAUUUUGGUCAGGGUUUUAGCAACAGCAACAAAUCAAACUAGGGCAAGAGGAAAGAAAAACUGUUCCUGGAUUCCCAUAGUAUUACUAUGUCUGAAGAUCAAAACCCAUAGCAAACUACAACUCAGUCCAAAAGGGUAAUAAAGGGCACAGAUAUUUCAAGAAUGAAAUUCUUAGUCACUUCUCAAGGUAAUGAACUUGCUAAUUUGGGUGUAUGAUGUUUUUAUUUAUUUACAAGGUUUCUUCACUAAAAUUAAUUUAAAUUUUUUAAAAAACCAAGAUGCUUAGUGCUUGCUGAAAAUGAGGAAAUACAAAAUGACACCAGAAAAAAAUUACUUAUAAAUAUGGUACAACUUUGGGACCUCGCAAAAGUGAGGAUUCUAAUUUUUCCUGUCUUAUUUUGUUAAGAAUAUAUAUUCUGGGCUGGGUGUGGAGCAUAUGCCUUUAAUCCCUAGUACUCAGGAAACAAAGGCAAAUGAAUCUCUGAGUUCAACACCAACUUGAUCUAUGUAGUGAGUUCCAGAACAGCCAGGGAUGCAUAGUGAGACCCUGAUUCAAAAACAAACAAACAAAUAUGUGCUUAUUUUCAUAGUCUGGUGGUUAUUGUUGAUAGCCAACUUUAAAAAAAAUCUAAAACCACCUGUGAGAUAGGCCCCUGAGCAUGCGUCUGAGCAAUUAUGUUGAUUGCAUAAAUGAAGUGGAAGGAGGACUCACUCACCCACUUCUGGAAGUGCCAUUCCCUGACUGGGACCCAGGAGUGUGUAAAAGGGGACAGAGUUGGCUUGCUGAGCAUACACACAAAAUUCAUUGCUCUCUGCCUUUUUUCAAGACAGGGAUUCUCUGUGUAGCCUUGGCUGUCGUGGGAUGCACUCUUUAGACCAGGCUGGCCUUGAACUCACAGAAAUUCACCUGCUUCUGCCUCCCAAGUGCUGAGAUUAAAGGCGUGUGCCACUACCAGCUGGCCACUCUGUUUUUUUUUUUUUUUCUCCUGUGGAUGUAAUGUGAGUAGUUGCUCCAAGUUUCUGCCAUGUUGACUUCCUCACAGUGAUGGAAUUAUGAGCCAAACAAACCCCCUUUCCUUUUUGUUGCUUUGACCUGGAUAUUUUGUCACUACAAUAGGAAAUGAAGCUAAGACAUAUGCACACAUAUUAAGCAAUUUGUCAUAUUUUCUUUCAUCUCUUCUUUAACUAUGUAAUAUAUUUAUUGAGUAAAUGUCAGUAUUGGGUAUUGUUACAUAUUAUCAUAUUUAAUUAUAGUAUAAUAAAUGAAUAAACUUUCCUCAAGGGACUUUGACAUCUAUUCUAAGGAAACUAUUAUUUUCAGUUGUAGAUGAAAAUUAUGUUAGAUGAAAUACCUUUUACUGUCUUUAUUUAGAAAUUGUGUAUAACAUAGGAUCUUGUUGGGCAUCAAAAGGAUGAACUUGGAGUGGUUGUUCUCCAUUGUCCAUUUGGCUGGUGAAGUACACCUGUAUAUUUUGGUGGGGAAAUUUCCACGGGAGUGACAUGUGGGACAGUGAUUGAAGGGGAAAACUCACACUUAGUGUGGACAAUAACUUCGAACAGUAUUCCAGAGGAAGUGUCAGGAAAAAGCGGCCAGCACACACCCGCCUUCCUUCGGUCUGAGCGCAUCUGUCAAUGCUACUGUGAUCCUCUGCUGACACCACAUUCAUUUUUUUCUCCCUCUCAACAUGGACUCAACUCAAGUGACUCUCCAGGAGUUUCCAGUCUUUUACCUUCAGAUUGGAGCUCCUGAGGCAUUUAGCUUCUUGGGGUGGGCAGCUACCAAGUUUUCUGCUUCUCUGGUAUGCAGCCAGCCCCUAUCAUGGAUGACAAUCCAGUAAUGUCUUCUAUAAUAAUUUCUUUUGUUCCAUUCCUCUGGAAAACCCUGAAUAAUAUGAUCUCAUUAGUUCAAAGACAGGGAUAUUUCUCUUUUUCAGUUUGCAAAAUGUACUCAAUUUAAAAAAUUUUGAAGACAUGUCCAGAAUAUUUUGGGUUUUGUUUGUUUAGUCUUGGUCCCUCCUACUCAUUGAGACUGUCUACCUUUUCAAGGUCUGUGUGUGUGAAUACGCAUGUACCACAGAACAUGUGUGUAGGUCUGAGGACAGCUCUAGGUGUCUUCUCACCCUCCACCUCCACUGAGGCGGGGGCUGUCUUGUAUCUGCUGCAUAUGCUAGCUGGCCUGGGAGCUGCCAGCCAUUUUCCUGCUCCCGUCUCCACUUUGUCGUAGGCAUACUGGGAUUGCACUUGUGCAUUGCUGCAUUUGGUACUCACUCGAGCCCUGGGGCAUUCUAGUGCAGUCAGCUCACUUACAUGGCAUGUGCCUGGCCCACAGCCCUCUCCCCACACAAGAAGUGUCUAUUUCAGGUGUGUCACAGGGCUCAUCAUAAAGUAGGACUUUCCUAUGAGUGUGUGGCUAGUUCCAGGUUUCUGAACUAGUUUUAGCUUUUAUAACAUACUCAAGUAUUUCCUACAAUGCCCUGAAUACUGUCCUCCAGUAAAUACAUAUGUUCUUCAAAUUUGCUUCCAUAAACUCACACUGAAAUGAGUUCAUAAAUUGAAAAUGACUGCUACACUUUGGUUACUGAACUUCAAAGCUAAAUUGAAUAUGUUCAAAUUGAAGCAGACUAGAAAGAGAAAAUUAUGGGAAACAAGCCAUUUCCCCCCAGGGUCUUGGUGGUCCUUUUUGCUGAUAACAGCAGGAAACUUGAGAUACCACUGAUAAAAUCCAAGUUGAAAAGCCUGGCAUGGUGGUGACACCUUUAACCCCAGCAUUUGAGAGGCAGAGGCAGGUGGGUCACUCUGGGUUUGAGAACAGCCAGUCCAAGCCACAUAAAGCUACACAGUGAGACCCAGUGUCAUAAACAGAAAAAGGAGGAGGAGGAGAAGAAACAACCAAAUUGCCCAUGGGAAAAUUAUGUGUUCUAUGACAUUCUUUUCAAAGACAAAUUUUUCUAUUUAAGACCAAACAUGAUGUAUAACCUUGAGUUUCUACUGCUUACCUCUCAGUCCUAAAUCUGGAAAAUUACCCAUGUAAACUGCCUUAAAACUUUGUUUAUAAAA